AGGAGACUGGACCCCAAGGAGCCCCUGGGUAGCCAGAGAGCAGCUUCCCCAACCCCGAAGCAGGCUUCUGCUACUGCUCCCGGCCAUGAGAGCCCCCGGGAGGCGAGGGCACAGGGCCCCGCGGGCCAGGAGGCUGAUGGCCCCCGCAGGACGCUGCAGGUAGACAGCAGGACACAGAGAUCAGGGCGGUCCCCCUCUGUGUCACCGGACAGAGGCAGCACCCCCACAUCACCUUACUCCGUCCCCCAGAUCGCCCCCCUUCCCAGCAGCACGCUGUGCCCCAUAUGUAAGACCUCGGACCUCACGCCGGGCCCCAGCCAGCCAAACUUCAACACCUGCACCCAGUGUCACAGCAAGGUCUGCAACCAGUGCGGGUUCAACCCCAACCCUCACCUCACCCAGGUGCAGGAGUGGCUCUGUCUGAACUGCCAGAUGCAGAGGGCUCUGGGGAUGGACAUGACCACUGCGCCUCGCUCCAAGAGCCAGCAGCAGCUGCACUCCCCAGUCCUGUCUCCUGCCCACUCCCCAGCCAAACAGCCCCUGGGGAAGCCGGAGCAAGAGAGAUCACGGGGCCCAGGGGGACCACAGCCUGGCCCCCGCCAGACUGAGACAGCCAGGGCCACCUCAGUGCCGGGGCUCGCCCCAGCACCUGCCCCUCCAGAGGUGGGGAGGGUGUCUCCUCAGCCCCCUCACCCCGUCAAGCCUUCCACAGCUGAGCCCAGGCCACCUGCAGGAGAGACCCUGGCCAAAAGUGCCACCACAGUGCCCGCUGGGCCUGGUGCUGCUGAGCAGACUCAGGAGGGCCUCACUGGGAAGCUCUUCGGCCUCGGGGCAUCACUGCUGACCCAGGCAAGUACCCUCAUGUCUGUGCAGCCUGAGGCCGACCCCCAGGGCCAGCCCAGCCCCAGCAAGGGGACGCCGAAGAUCGUCUUCAGUGAUGCCAGCAAGGAGGCUGGCCCAAGACCUGGGCCUGGGCCCACACCUGGAGCCAAAACUGAACCUGCAGCCAGAACAGGCCCUGCACCAGGGCCUGGAGCCCUGGCGAGGACUGGGGGAGUGACCAGUUCAAAGCACGGCAAAGCAGAGCACCAGGCAGUGUCCAAGGCUGCUGCCAAGCCAAAGACCAUGCCCAAGGAAAAGGCCACCUGCCCACUGUGCCAAGCCGAGCUCAACAUGGGCAGCAAGGGCCCAGCCAACUAUAACACCUGCACCACCUGCAAGCUCCAGGUGUGCAACCUAUGUGGCUUCAACCCGACACCCCACCUGGUAGAGAAAACCGAGUGGCUCUGUCUCAACUGCCAAACUAAGCGACUGCUGGAGGGCAGCCUGGGAGAGCCAGCCCCCGUACCGCUGCCCACCUCACAGCAGCUCCCCGCAGGGGCCCCUCCCCGUGCGGCUGGAACAACCCCUCCAAAGCAGAAAGGGCCACAGGGGCUGGGCCAGCCAUCAGGCCUUCCGCCUGCCAAGGCCAGUCCCCUGCCCACCAAGGCCAGCCCCCAAGCAAAGCCCCUCAGGGCUUCUGAACCUAGCAGGACCCCGAGCAGUGCCCUAGAAAAGAAGACAGGAGUCCCAGCUAAAGCGGAGCCUGUGCCGAAACCACCUCCGGAGACCAGCCUGCCCCACGGGACUGCUAAAGCAAAGACCGGGCUGCGGAGGACGGAGCCCACCACCCCUGUGGUCAAGGCUGUUCCAGAAGCCCCCAAGGGUGGAGAGGCAGAGGAGCUGGUGGGCAAGCCUUAUUCUCAGGACCUGUCCCGGAGCCCACAGAGCCUCAGCGACACAGGCUAUUCUUCUGAUGGCGUCUCCAGCUCCCAAAGUGAGAUCACAGGUGUGGUGCAGCAGGAGGUGGAGCAGCUGGACACUGCAGGAGUGGCGGGGCCACGCCCACCCAGCCCCUCCCAGCUCCACAAGGUAGGCAGCAUGCGGCCUUCGCUGCAGGCCCAGGGCUCGGCCCCCAGUGGUGAGCGGAGCAAGCUGCCCGGUCCCAGCAGCGGUGAGGAGCAAAAGCGGCGGCCCCACUCCUUGUCCAUCAUGCCUGAGGCCUUCGACUCCGAUGAGGAACUGGAGGACAUCCUGGAGGAAGAGGAAGACUCUCUGGAGUGGGGGCGCCAGAGGGAGCAGCAGGACACGGCUGAAUCCUCGGACGACUUUAGCAGCCAGCUGAGGCAUGACUACGUGGAGGACAGCAGCGAAGGCGGCUUGUCCCCUCUUCCACCCCAACCCCCAGCCCGGGCUGCAGAAAUGACGGAUGAGGAGUUCAUGCGACGGCAGAUACUGGAGAUGAGUGCUGAGGAAGACAACCUGGAAGAGGAAGAUGCGGCCGCCUCCAGGCACAGCCUGGCCAAGCAUAGCACCCAGAAGGGUGGCCCCAGGUCCAGGCCAGAGCCCAGCCAAGAGCUAGGGGCCCCACCCAAGAGGCGCCUGCCCCACAAUGCCACUACAGGCUACGAGGAGCUGCUCUCUGAGGAAGGCCCAGCAGAGGCCACCGAUGGCACUGGGACCCUGCAGGGAGGGCUCCGCCGCUUCAAGACCAUUGAGCUCAAUAGCACAGGGAGCUAUGGCCAUGAGCUGGACCUGGGCCAAGGCCCCGACCCUGGCCUGGACCGGGAGCCUGAGCUAGAGAUGGAGAGCCUGACGGGAUCCCCUGAGGACCGCUCCCGCGGGGAGCACUCCUCCACGCUGCCAGCCUCCACGCCCAGUUACACAUCCGGCACCUCUCCCACCUCCCUGUCCUCGCUGGAGGAGGACAGCGACAGCAGCCCCAGCCGCCGGCAGAGGCUAGAAGAAGCAAAACAGCAGCGCAAAGCCAGGCACCGCUCCCAUGGGCCCCUGCUGCCCACCAUCGAGGACUCCUCUGAAGAGGAGGAGCUGCGGGAGGAGGAGGAGCUGCUGCGUGAGCAGGAGAAGAUGCGGGAGGUGGAGCAGCAGCGCAUCCGCAGCACGGUCCGCAAGACCCGGCGGGACAAGGAGGAACUGCGGGCCCAGCGGAGGCGUGAGCGCUCCAAGACCCCCCCAAGCAACCUGUCCCCCAUCGAGGAUGCCUCCCCCACAGAGGAACUGCGGCAGGCAGCGGAGAUGGAGGAGCUCCACCGCUCCUCCUGCUCGGAAUAUUCGCCCUCACCCUCCUUGGACUCGGAGGCGGAGACCCUGGAGGGUGGUCCCACGCGGCUCUAUAAGUCGGGCAGCGAGUACAGCCUGCCUACUUUCAUGUCCCUCUACUCGCCAACUGAGACGCCCUUGGGCAGCUCCAGCGUGCCCAGUGCCAGCCCCAGCCGGCCCCUCAAGAGUGCUGAGGAGGCCUACGAGGAGAUGAUGCGCAAGGCUGAGCUGCUCCAGCGGCAGCAGGGCCAGGCGGCAGUGGGCAGGGGGCCCCAUGGGGGCCCCUCUCAGCCCUUAGGGCCCCGGGCGCAGGGUUCCUUUGAAUACCAGGACUCCCCAGACCAUGAGUAUGGCCGGGCUGCCCCUCCUUCCUCGGAGGGUGCGCCCGCCGGCCUGGGAGCAGCUGUCUAUGAGGAGAUCCUUCAGACAUCACAGAGCAUUGCCCGCAUGCGCCAGGCCUCCUCAGGAGACCUGGCCUUUGACGAGGACAAGAAGAAGGAGAAGCAGUUUCUGAAUGCCGAGAGUGCGUACGUGGAUCCGAUGAAGCAAAAUGGCGGCCCACUUACCCCGGGCACCAGCCCCACCCAGCUUGCUGCCCCGGUGCCCUUUUCCACCUCCGCCUCCUCAGACAGCAGCGGGGGCCGCGUCAUUCCUGAUGUCCGAGUUACUCAGCAUUUUGCAAAGGAGCCUCAGGACCCCCUCAAGUUGCACAGCUCUCCUGCUUCUCCCAGCUCUGCCUCCAAAGAGGGCAGCACACCCUUUUCCCAGGGCCCUGGGACCCCAGCCUCCACGGCUGGGGCUCCUGGUCUGCCUGGCUUGCCUCGAGGGUACAUGACUCCGACGUCCCCCGCAGGCUCCGAGCGCAGCCCCUCACCUUCCACAGCCCACAGCUAUGGACAGAGCCCGACCACUGCGAACUACGGGUCCCAGACGGAGGAGCUGCCCCAGGCCCCCAGUGGCCCUGCUAGCAGCGGGCGGGCCACCAGAGAGAAGCCCCUGCGUGUGAGUGAGGGCAAGAGCGGCGCUCCCCAGCCCUGCCAGGGAUACUCCUACUUCGCCGGCCCCAGCCCACCUCUCUCCCCAUCUUCUCCCUCAGAGAGUCCCACAUUCUCCCCUGGCAAGCUGGGCCCAAGGGCCACAGCAGAGUUCUCUACACAGACGCCAAGCCCAACCCCUGCCCCGGACAUGCCACGGAGCCCUGGUGCCCCCACCACGACCCCCAUGGUGGCUCAAGGCACACAAACGCCACACCGACCCAGCACGCCUCACCUGGUAUGGCAGCAGCCCUCUCAGGAGGCCCCCUUUAUGGUCAUCACACUGGCGUCAGAUGCCUCCAGCCAGACCAGGAUGGUGCAUGCCAGUGCCUCCACCUCCCCUGUGUGUUCCCCCACUGACAUCCAGCCCACCACUCACAGCUACAGCCAGACAACACUUCCAAGUGUGUCUCAGCUGCCCUCAGAACCUCCUGGGCCAUCCGGCUUCCCACGGGCAGCCAGUGUGGGUGCAGAUGGGCCCCUGGCACUGUAUGGCUGGGGUGCCCUCCCUGCCGAGAACAUCUCCCUGUGCCGGAUCUCCUCCGUCCCUGGAACGUCCAGGGUUGAGCCAGGUCCCAGGCCCCCUGGCAGCGCUGUAGUAGACCUCCGCACAGCCGUCAAACCCACGCCCAUCAUUCUCACUGACCAGGGCAUGGACCUGACCUCUCUCGCUGUGGAAGCGAGGAAGUAUGGUCUUGCCCUGGAUCCAGUCCCAGGACGGCAGUCCACCGCUGUGCAGCCUUUGGUUAUCAACCUCAACGCCCAGGAGCAGACCCACGCCUUCCUUAGCACCGCCACCACCGUGAGCAUCACCAUGGCUGCCUCUGUGCUUAUGGCCCAGCAGAAGCAGCCUGUGGUCUAUGGAGACCCCUUCCAGAGCCGGCUUGACUUUGGCCAGGGUGUAGGUAGCCCCGUGUGCCUGGCCCAGGUCAAGCAGGUAGAGCAGGCCGUCCAGACAGCCCCGUACCGUGGUGGACCCCAGGGAAGAUCAAGGGAGGCCAAGUUUGCCAGGUAUAACCUGCCCAACCAGGUAACGCCUCUGGCCAGAAGGGAUGUCUUGAUCACACAGAUGGGCACUGUGCAGAGUGUUGGCCUCAAGUCAAGCCCUGUGCCAGAGGCUGGUGCCGAGCCCCACCGGGCCACCCCUGCAGAGCUGCGGCCACAUGCUCUUCCAGGUGCCCGGAAGCCACACACAGUGCUGGUGCAGAUGGGAGAGGGUACGGCAGGCACUGUGACCACACUGCUCCCUGAGGAGCCAGCGGGUGCCCUGGACCUCACAGGCAUGAGACCGGAGAGCCAGCUGGCAUGCUGUGACAUGGUCUACAAGUUCCCCUUUGGCAGUAGCUGUACUGGCACCUUCCACCCUGCCCCCAGUGCACCUGAGAAGAGCGUGGCAGAUGUUGUUCCCCAUGGCCAAGGCAGCGGCCCCUUCUAUAAUCCUCGGGAGCCUGAGCCUCCCGAGCCCCCCGCCUACCGGGCACAGGGGAUGGUGGGGCUUGGGCCCCACGAGGAGCAGAGGCCCUACCCACAGGGCCUCCCUGGCAGGUUGUAUUCCUCCAUGUCCGACACCAAUUUAGCUGAGGCAGGCCUCAACUACCAUGCCCACAGGAUAGGGCAGCUCUUCCAGGGCCCUGGACGAGACUCAGCCGUGGACCUAAGCUCGCUGAAGCAGUCCUACAGCCUGGGCUUUGCAGACGGACGCUCCCUUGGGCAGGGCUUACAGUACGGCUCGUUCACAGACCUGCGUCAUCCCACAGACCUCUUGGCUCACCCCCUGCCCAUACGGAGAUACAGCUCAGUGUCAAACAUCUACUCAGACCACAGGUAUGGCCCUCGGGGUGAUGCAGCUGGCUUCCAAGAGGCCAGCCUGGCCCAGUACAGUGCCACCACAGCACGCGAGAUCAGCCGCAUGUGUGCAGCCCUCAACUCCAUGGACCAGUAUGGAGGGCGGCAUGGCAGCAGCAGUGGUGGCCCUGACCUCCUACAGUACCAGCCCCAGCCCAGGGCUGGGCUCAGCACCCCACAGGGGCUGGCUCCCCUCAGACCUGGCCUCCUUGGGAACCCCACCUUCCCAGAGGGCCACCCAAAUCCCGGGACUUUGGCCCAGUACAGGCCUACAGCAGCCCAGGGAGCAGCAGUCCGACAGCUGCUGCCAUCCACAGCCACUGUGCGUGCGGCUGAUGGCAUGAUCUAUUCCACUAUCAACACCCCAAUUGCUGCCACACUGCCCAUCACCACCCAACCCGGCUCAGUACUGCGGCCCAUGGUGCGAGGUGGCAUGUACAGGCCUUAUGCAUCUGGUGGGGUCACAGCUGUGCCGCUCACCAGCCUAACACGCUUGCCCAUGAUUGCUCCGCGGGUACCUCUUGGGCCCCCAGGGCUGUACCGAUACCCUGCACCAAGUAGAUUUCCCACUGCUUCUGGCGUGCCGCCUGCCGAGGGUCCUGUCUACCUAGGGAAACCUGCUGCUGCCAAGGCCCCAGGGGCUGGGGGCCCACUGAGGCCAGAGCUGCCGGCAGGGGCUGCUCGAGAAGAGCCUCUUUCCACAGCCACCCAUGCUGCUGUUAAGGAGGUUGCAGCAGCCCCAGCACCAGCCCCCCUGGCUGGCCAGAAGCCACCAGUAGAUGCUGCUCCUGGGGGCGGCAGUGGGGCCCCCAGCCGGCCAGGGCUCGAGAAGGAGGAAGCAUCACAGGAGGAGAGGCAGCGGAAGCAGCAGGAGCAGCUGCUGCAGCUGGAGCGGGAGCGGGUAGAGUUGGAGAAGCUGCGGCAGCUGCGGUUGCAGGAGGAGCUGGAGCGGGAGCGUGUGGAGCUGCAGAGGCACAGGGAGGAGGAGCAGCUGCUGGUGCAGCGAGAGCUGCAAGAACUGCAGACCAUCAAGCACCACGUGCUACAGCAGCAGCAAGAGGAACGGCAAGCCCAGUUUGCCCUGCAGCGGGAACAGCUGGCACAACAACGUCUGCAGCUGGAGCAGAUCCAGCAGCUGCAACAGCAACUGCAGCAGCAGCUAGAGGAACAAAAGCAGAGGCAGAAGGCUCCCUUCCCUGUGGCCUGUGAGGCACCUGGCCGAGGGGCUCCGCCAACGGCCACUGAGCUAGCUCAGAAUGGCCAGUACUGGCCACCCCUGACCCAUGCAGCCUUCAUCGCCGUGGCAGGGCCUGAGGGGCCAGGGCAGCCUCGGGAGCCUGUGCUGCACCGGGGCCUCCCUAACUCUGCCUCGGACAUGUCACUGCAGACAGAGGAGCAGUGGGAGGCAGGCCGCAGUGCCCUCAAAAAGCGGCACUCGAUGCCACGCCUGCGGGAUGCCUGUGAACCAGAGUCGGCGCCCGAGCCCUGCACGGUCAGGAGGAUUGCAGACAGCAGCGUGCAGACUGAUGAUGAGGAUGGGGAGGGCCGCUACCUUCUGACCCGACGGCGCCGGGCCCGGCGGAGCACUGACUGCAGCGUGCAGACGGACGAUGAGGACAGCGCUGAGUGGGAGCAGCCAGUGCGCCGCCGCCGGUCUCGUCUCUCCCGCCACUCGGACUCCGGCUCGGACAGCAAGCACGAGGCUACUGCCUCAUCAUCCACUGCCGCUGCCGCCGCUGCGAGGGCCACGAGCAGCGUGGGCAUCCAGACCAUCAGUGACUGCUCCGUGCAGACAGAGCCUGACCAGCUGCCCAGAGUCUCCCCGGCCAUCCACAUCACAGCUGCUACUGACCCCAAGGUGGAGAUUGUCAGGUACAUAUCAGCACCAGAGAAGACUGGGCGUGGGGAGAGCCUGGCCUGCCAGACGGAGCCGGAGGGGCAGGCCCAGGCCCAGGGAGGAGCUGGGCCACAGCUUAUGGGGCCAGCCGCCAUCAGCCCCUACCUGCCUGGCAUCCAGAUCGUCACCCCAGGGCCCCUGGGAAGAUUCGAAAAAAAGAAGCCGGAUCCACUGGAGAUUGGAUACCAGGCCCACCUGCCCCCGGAGUCCCUUUCCCAGCUUGUGAGCCGCCAGCCUCCCAAGUCCCCUCAGGUCCUCUACUCACCGGUUUCACCCCUGUCCCCACACCGGCUCCUGGACGCCUCCUUCACUUCCAGUGAGAGGCUGAACAAGGCCCACGUGAGUCCCCAGAAGCACUUCACAGCUGACAGCGCUCUCCGCCAGCAGACGCUGCCUCGCCCCGUGAAGACCCUGCAGCGGUCCUUGUCGGACCCUAAGCCCCUCAGCCCCACCGCCGAGGAGUCUGCCAAAGAGAGGUUCUCCCUCUACCAGCACCAGGGGGGACUGGGUAGCCAGGUGUCGGCGCUGCCACCCAACGGCCUGGUCCGCAAGGUGAAGCGGACACUGCCCAGCCCUCCUCCAGAGGAGGCUCAUCUGCCCCUGGCUAGCCAGGCCCCCCCACAGCUGUAUGCGGCCAGCCUACUGCAGCGUGGGCUGGCAGGGCCCACCGCUGUCCCGGCCACCAAGGCCAGUCUGCUCCGGGAGCUGGACCGGGACCUGCGGCUGGUGGAGCAUGAGUCCACCAAGCUGCGCAAGAAGCAGGCAGAGCUGGAUGAGGAGGAGAAGGAGAUCGACGCCAAGCUCAAGUACCUGGAGCUGGGUAUCACACAGCGCAAAGAGUCUUUGGCCAAGGACCGGGGUGGCCGUGACUACGCACCCUUGCGUGGUCUCGGUGAGCAUCGUGACUACCUGUCGGACAGUGAGCUCAACCAGCUGCGGCUCCAGGGCUGUGCCGCUCCCGCCGGCCAGUACUCAGACUUCCCUGUCACAGCUGCUAUUCCCGCCACCCCCUCUGGCCCCACUGCCUUCCAGCAGCCACGAUUCCCAUCUCCAGCCCCGCAGUACACUGCAGGCAGCAGUGGGCUGGGUCCAAAUGGAUUCCCAGCCCACCAAGCACCCACAUACCCUGGCCCCAGCACGUACCCUGCGCCUGCUUUCCCUCCUGGCACCAGUUACCCUGCUGAGUCUGGCUUGCCAACCCAGCAGGCUUUCCGUCCCUCAGGCCAUUACACACCACAAACACCCAUGCCAGCCACACAGAGCACCCUUUUCUCUACCCCGGCUGACAGCCGUGCCCCCAACCAGAAGCCACGCCAGACAUCACUAGCCGACUUGGAGCAGAAGGUGCCCACCAACUAUGAGGUGAUCACCAGCCCCGCUGUGGCCAUGUCUUCGGCCCCAUCAGAAACCAGCUACAGUGGCCCAACGGUUAGCAGCAGCUAUGAGCAAAGCAAGGGCCCUGAGUUGCCUCGGGCCACUGAUCGUAGUGGUAUGAGCAUGAGUCCAGCCCCUGCGUACCCCUCUGACUCACACUACACCAGCCUGGAGCAGAAUGUCCCUCGGAACUACGUGAUGAUCGAUGACAUCAGUGAGCUGACCAAGGACAGCUCUUCCACUGUCCCCGAUAGCCAGCGCCUGGAGCCCCUGGGGCCGAGCAGCAGUGGGCGUCCAGGGAAAGAAGCAGGGGAGCCAGGCAUCCUUGAGGGGCCCACGCUGCCCUGCUGCUACAGCCGAGGGGAGGAAGAAUCCGAGGAAGACUCUUACGACCCCCGUGGGAAGAGCGGCCAUCACCGAAGCACGGAGGGUGAUGGUCGGCCGGCCAGCACCCACUACUACAGUGACAGUGACUACCGCCAUGGGGCUCGAGCAGAGAAGUACGGUCCAGGCCCCGUGGGGCCCAAGCAUCCCUCCAAGAGCCUGGCCCCAGCUGCCGUCUCCUCAAAGCGCAGCAAGCACCGGAAGCAAGGCAUGGAGCAAAAGAUCUCCAAGUUCUCGCCUAUCGAAGAAGCCAAGGAUGUGGAGUCAGACCUGGCUGCCUACCCCUCCCCUGCAGUCAGCAGCAGCCUGGCCUCUCGGGGCAGAAAGUUCCAGGAAGAAAUCACCUACGGGCUUAAGAAGAACGUGUAUGAGCAGCAGAGGUACUACGGGGUGUCCAGCCGGGACCCAGUGGAGGAGGACGACCGCAUGUACAGUGGAAGCAGCCGGUCCCGGGUGGCAACUGCAUACAGUGGGGAGAAGCUGUCCAGCCAUGACUUCAGCAGCCGGGGCAAGGGAUACGAGCGGGAACGGGAGGCCGUGGAGCGACUUCAGAAAACGGGCCCCAAGCCCUCAUCCCUGAGCAUGGCCCACAGCCGCACCCGGCCCCCCAUGCGAAGCCAGGCCUCUGAAGAGGAGAGCCCCGUCAGCCCCUUGGGGCGGCCCCGCCCACCCGGGGGUGCCCUCCCUCCUGGAGACACCUGCCCACAGUUCUGCUCCAGCCACUCCAUGCCUGAUGUCCAGGAGCACGUCAAGGACGGACCUCGGGCCCAUGCAUAUAAGCGAGAGGAAGGCUACAUCCUGGAUGAUUCCCACUGCGUAGUUUCUGACAGUGAAGCCUAUCACCUGGGCCAGGAGGAGACAGACUGGUUUGAUAAGCCCCGGGAUGCCCGCUCUGACCGGUUCAGGCACCACGGGGGCCACGCAGUCUCUUCCUCCUCCCAGAAGCGAGGCCCUGCCAGGCACAGCUACCACGACUAUGAUGAGCUCCCCGAGGAGGGCUCGUGGCCACAUGAUGAAGGUGGCCCGGGCCGCCACACCUCAGCCAAGGAACAUCGACACCACAGUGACCACGGGCGGCACUCAGGCCGCCACGCUGGUGAGGAGCCAGGCCGACGUGCUGCCAAACCACAUGCUCGGGACCUGGGUCGCCAUGAGGUCCGGCCUCACUCUCAGCCCAGCUCUGGCCCAGCCAUGCAGAAGAAGGGUCAGCCUGGGUACCCCAGCUCGGCUGAAUACUCACAGCCAUCCCGCAUUCCAUCAGCAUACCAUCAUGCCUCUGACAGCAAGAAGGGCUCCCGGCAGGCCCACUCAGGGCCUGCCACACUGCAGCCAAAGCCAGAACCCCAGCCGCAGCCACAGCCGCAGCCGCAGCCACAGGGUCGGCAGGCACCUCCAGGGCCACAGCAGCCACAGCCACCACCAUCGAGGCAGACACCCUCAGCAACAGCAUCACGCCAGCCACAAAUGCAGCAGCAGCAGCAGCAGCAGCAAGGUCAUGGGCCACAGCCCCCCCAGCAGACGCCGUCACAGGCUCGGCUGCAGCAGCAGGGCCAGCCAACUGCCCGGGGCCCAGCCCCCGCUGCCAGCCAGCCAGCAGGGAAGCCUCAGCCAGGCCCCACGACAGCCACAGGCUCCCAGCCAGCAGGACCACCACGGGCAGAGCAGACAGAUGGCUCUAAAGGGGCAGCCAAAGUGGCCCAGCAAGGGAGGCCUCCUCAGGCUCAGCCACCACCAGGACCUGGACCUACAGGCAUGAAGGCUGGAGCCAGGCCCGGAGGGGCCCCAGGGGCUCCUGCAGGCCAGCCAGGUGCCGAAGGGGAAAGUGUGUUCUCCAAGAUCCUCCCUGGUGGGGCAGCAGAACAGGCCGGCAAACUGACAGAAGCCGUCUCUGCUUUUGGCAAAAGAUUCUCCUCAUUCUGGUGAUCGUGCCACAAAGGGCUCUCGAAGAGAUGAAGGGAGAUGGUCUUGGUGCUGUGGAAAAAUCUCUGGAGUCAGAGGCCUGGGUGCAGCUCUGGACUCUGCGUAUAACACAUCUACAACCUGGCGAACCCUUGGCCCACAGACUCACCAGGUGGGACAUGGCGGGCAGCCUCAGCUGAGGCAGGAUGUUUUCCAGCAGCAGCUACCUGGGCAAUGCAUCUGCUGGACAAGUGGGACCACUGGCCGGGGGAACUUUGAUUGUCUUUCUGGAGACCCUGCUCUCCUCAGGGUGCCACCUUCGAGGCGUAGCUGUGGCUGGGAGGGAGGAGCUCUCUUCGGAAACCCUGCCGCCGCGCAGUCGCCGCUCUUCCCACAGCGGCCGUCUGCGGCCUGGCCGGCCAGGCCCGCGAUGCGUUAUACACAGAGUUCGGGCACCGCUGCCUGUUUCUGACGGACCCUUUCCGCCCUUCACGAUGCCAGAAGUUUUUCCACAGCCUUGGAGACGGGCUCUGACUGAGGGCUGGGGGCCCCGGGCUCCAUUUUCUUCACAUUCCAGCUGGCCCGGCUCCUCUGUGGCCACAGGGGUCUGCCCCACUCACCCUGUCCUCUGGGUGACACGGGAGCAGACUUCCGUGUGGCUAGUGUGGGGUUGGGAGAACUUUACAAACAUUAGGACCUAACACUGUCUCAUUGCUAAAAUAAGAGGCCAUAGCACCGAAAAGCAGCGCAGGCCCCGGCUGAGGCUUCUCCCAGCCCAGGGGUGGCGACAUGCCAGCACGCUGGCCACCCUCUCAAAGCCAUCCCCCGAGCCACCCUGAGCACCCAGCAGCACCGCCAUCGUCUCGACCGGCCGGCUCCUCCUCCGUACACCUGGGGAUUUCUUUUGGUUUCAAGAACAGCCUUAAUCAUUUCUGUUUGAUUUGCGUGUAUACCUCAUCAACAUCUUUCUUUCGUUUCCCCUUCUCCCCUUUGUCUCUCCUCUCUUCGCUCACCUCCUUGACUCUCCUCCCCGCCCCACCCUCCUUGUGACUGACGGUUUGGUUUCCUCUCUGCUCUGCCCCUGCUCAGAACAGGAUGAAUGUUGACUGAGAAGCAAUAGUGGGCAGCAGGCCACCAAGAGCACAACUCCAGGGCGGUGAGGUCUGGGUGGCCCCUCAGCCCGCCUCUGUUUACUGUGCAAUUCCAGUCCUUCUUAAGCCAUCAGCAGUGGGAGCACUCAGAGCAGAGGGGCCAGGGCUUCUGCCAGCCGAGGGGAGGACCCGGAGCCCUGUGCUGGGGAGUGUGGUACCAUCCUUCCACCUGGUGGACUGGGUGGCGCUCCUCUCCGAGGCCCUUCCCUUUGGGACUUCCUUUGACCUUGGGCACAGCCACAAGUCUCAUCUCUAAUGUUCUAUGCAAUGAAAUAUAAACCCUCAAAGACAACUGUUAAUAUUUAAUAAAUUCCAUGUUAUGUAUAAGGUGUUCAUUGCAAACAUGCAGUUGAGAAACUGGAUAAGAUAUGCUCAUAUCAAAGCCCUUCCCUAGCCCACCCCACUCCCACCGUGUGUGUGAAAUUCUCAGUCUGUGGCAUGUUCGACCUGUGGCAGGGCUCGCCAACGCUGGGCGAGUCACCGCCUGUCCCGCAGUGGAGCAUGCACGGCUCGCAGCCUCUUUGCACGACUUCAUCCAUUUUAAAUGCUCGACCCUCUUGCUUGGAGUUCUUUUUGCCUCAAAACCUCUCCUUCAGGAGCGCUUCUAGCUGACUUCUGCACAAGCUAGUAAGAACCUGCCAGGAUUGUCGCCUGAGCAUGCCAGGCUGCGGCAGGCGGUGCGAGGCCCCACACGCCCUGCAGGUUUCUCUGACCACGAUGGCAGGUGACAAGGAGUCUCUGGAGUGGACGUGCUGGUGAGGCCUGCACAGGAUGUGUGUGUGAGCAUUCAGGUUUGCUGUGACAUUCCGAAGGUUUUCAUCUGUAGAGCACUCCCUCUCUUAUGCCAGCCUUGGCCCAGGGGUACCUGGCUGUCCCAAAAGCAGUGGCACAUGGCUCAAGGGCAGAGCUGGGCCUCAUUUGUGGACAGACUGGCCACGGGCAGGGCCGUGCCAUGCCCUGGGGCCUGCAGCUCCUGACUGCACUCCAUGCCUCUGCUCUGUGGCUAGAAGGCUCAAAAGUCUGUGAGCCAAGACAUGGCUCCAGGGGGUCAAAAGGUGCUUGGGAAGAACUAGACAUCUGGCACUUGUGGUGAGGACAGCUAAAAUGUCAUCUUGGACCAGAGCGGGUGUUCAUAUAGGCAGUGGCUUCAAACUGAAUUUCUGGGGAGGCUUCCCAGUAGCGAAACUUAGAGAAAGUCCUGUUGUGGCUCCCUCUGCCUCUGUCCCCAGGGUCAGAGAACUCCCUGCGCACCCCCAUCUCAAAGCCCCAGUGUUCUGCUGCUCAGCAGCCUCUCUACGACCGAGCCAGGAGGGAGGGAGGCAGUCCUGCCUGACCCAAGGCCUGGCGCUGCUCCACAGUGCUCUGGUUUGCACCGUGCAUUUUUCAGGGGCCUUAUUUUCUUGCUGUCCUGUAAGGCCUACACAGCCCUUCAGAGAGGGACCCUGGCACUCCGCUGGCAGCUUUGUGUGAGACAGGAGGCUGUCAACCUGUGUUGGGCCUGAGACCCUGGUCCUCCAGGAUUUGGGAAUACCUGCCUCAGGCCUGGGCUAUAUGAGGCUAUCUGAGCAAGGGUGGAGGAAGGUCGCCACCCAGGGCCAGGUCUGCAUGGGGAGGCAUCUGGAGGCUGGGUAUGUGGGGGCCCCAGGCAGUAAUCCUUCCCACUGAAAGCCAGGGAAUGGGAUACAGAGUGAGGAAGACAGGGAGGAGGUGACUGCAGGUCAGCCUCCAUCAGCCCUAGCCCCAGGCUCCAAAAUACUCACUUCUCAGCAAAUGUCCCUCUGGUUUUGAAAUUUCUGACGUGCAUCACUCCCCCACCUCCCAGCACACCCAAAGUAUACGUCUGAACCCAACACUCCUUUGUGAAGGUGCUUGGUGCAGGCCUCUGGGCCAAGGGUGUCCUAGCCCUCGUGUGGAUGCAGCUGUGACUCAGGGACACUGCAGCCAGAGGCUAAGGGACCAGCAUUCAGUGUUGGGGUAUGGGAGCGUCAGGUGCAUCUCCAAUAGGCAAGGGGUCUCUGGGAUGCAGGUCAGGCCUUUUCCUUACUUGCUCCCCUCACCCCGUGUUGUGAGCAAGGGCAUUGCCUCUCUGCCUGAGCCAAGGCCCAGUACACUCACUUCAAUGACACCGCUCACCCCCACCAUCUGCUUAGUCCUUGGGAGGAGUGUGGUCUCGGGGCCUAUGCUGAGGCAGCAGUGACAGCAACAGUGGCCUGUCUUCGGGAGCCUGUGGGGAGUCUGCCAGGCAGGCCCUCUGCCGGGGCAGCAUGGUCCUGGCCUGUGGGCCCCUGCCUGCCUUGUGCCCUCCUCCCCCCAUUUUGUAAAUACUUGUCAUCGUGGACUCAGUCAGGGUCAGAGUGACAGGCCUGAUCAACUGAAACUCCUCAGAGAUGUCACCUCUGUCUCCCUGGGUAUCUGCAGCCCUGCUGCCAUGGCCCCCGAGAGCCAUGGAAGUCACGACACAUCGUGUGUAUGCAUGUGAACAAGUGUGUGAGUGGGUCUGUGUGCGUGUCUGCCUCCUCAGCCUCUGGGCUCAGACCAGCUCCUCGCUCGGGGGGCAGUGCCCUGCGGGGGGCUGCCCAGCGCCUUUCCUCUGCUGGCUUCCACGUCUUGUUUCCGCUUUCCCCUCACUCCUUCCCUCCCCCCUUUCUCUCCUUCUCUCCUUCUCUAUUUGAGGGGGGAAGAGUGCUGUACAAAGUCAAACAAACAAGUUUACAGUUGUAAGUGCAAUGACCCGAGUCCUCCACAUGACCUUGUGAAACGUGUGCCGUCCUCCUGUGCUCCGUGAGAACUCGUGGUACUUCGGUGUCCCUCCCCCUGUAUUGUGACAAGGUAAUUCUGUGGAAUCAGAAUAAAAGGACUUGAUAUAAACAA